AUGUUAUUGACUGCAUUAUUUUUGGCGUGUUUCCCAGUUCUGAUCAAAUCAGAUGAAUGUGCUGAAAGAUGCGAGAGGCUUAAACAACGAUCAUUGGAAAGAGUUGGAUAUGAUGAUGAGAGGUGGGGUUCUGGGCCCGUUUUCGGCCGUUUUGGGCUUCAAUUUCCACGUGGAUUACAGAAAUUUCAGUUUCAGCUUAAAAUUUGGAGCAUUUUAAGUAUGAAAAUGCUAGAUUUUGGCCUCUAAAUGCUCCAAAUCCCACGUGGAUUCUAAAAUUUUCGAGUUUCAGCUUAAAAUUUGGAGCAUCUUGACUACAAAAAUGCUGAUUUUCAGAGUUGAAUCAUUAUUCGAACGACAACGACCACUUGAAUCGCUCAAAGAUAUUUGCUGGUAAGAAAUUUUUUUAUUGAUUUUUUAAAAAAAUUUCAAAUUCAAAAUUCCUUUUUUUCCAGGCGACUUUACGACAAUAUUGAUUGCAUGAAAAAAUGCAAACGAUCCGAAAAACAUGCUGCUUUUACUAAAAUUAUUAGGAAUAAAUGCAAAAAUGUGCUUUACGGUAAGUACAUCUAUUAUCCAAAAAUAAAUUUUAUAUAGUUACCAAAAAAAAUGAUUUUCAGAUAUGGAACCAACAUUAAAAUGUAUUUCAAAACAUCAAUCAUUUCUAAAAAUGAAGUGUAAAUCGUAUAUCGAUGAAGCAUCGAAACUUCGCGCUGAACAGGAUAUAAAUCAAACACCAUCUCGAGAUGUCUGUCAAUUUCUACAUUUUAAUACAAUUUGUUUGGAAAAUGAUGUGAAUAAUUAUUGUGCAAAUGGAAAAGCGAUUUUUAGAAGAUUGAAAUUCCGCGAUUAUUUUUUAAGUUUUCUAUUGCCGAAUGACGAUGAUUUAUUUGAUGAUGAAGAUUUGGAUAGUUGUAGAAUUUAUGAUUUUGUAAAAGAUGAUGAAUUGAAACAAAAAGAAGAGGAAGAAUUGAGAAGAGAACAAGCUAAACGAUUGAGAAUUGAUGAUGAUUAUGAUUAUGAAGUUUGUUUUUUUUUUAAUUAAUAAAAAAUCUAUUAUCAAAAAUCUCCUCCACCGAAAUAAACACGCAACGCAGAGGGAACGAUUCAAAUUCCCUUCAUUUUUUAUGUGUGUUGUGGCGCGACGCGGUCUGCGUUGCGUGUUUAUUGAGAUUUUCGAUAUGAUUUAUCAGAAUAUUUUUUAUUUUAGGAGGAAUUGACAACUGUUAUAAAUGGUAUUGAAGACGAGGAAACAACAACUAUUGCUCAUUUUGAUACUUCAACAAUUUCCAGUCAAAAAGCUGAAAGUGUAACACCAGAUACAAAGGAGUUUACUGAAAUUAUUGAUGAAAUGAUUGAUUCGUCAAACAUGGCAACUCAGAUUCAAACGACUGCAGAACCAGAAGAUGAAUAUUUCGAUGAGGAAAUUGAGGAGGAAUAUGAUGACAAUUCAACACAUCCAACUAUUAAUGUUGUGGCGAUUGAAGACAGAAAAUCGACGUAUGAAAUUGAAACGACGACUCAGAAGGAUCCAUCAACGUUUCCAUUGAGAUUAACGCCGCCACUUGCUGAGAUAACGACUACAACUGGGGAAACAACCGCAGAGACUAAGAAGAAAAAAGUGUUUUCGGAUGAUUCGAUGGAAUUUACACCACCGAAUUUCUUUUAUUCAUCGAGUCGAUUUGAUACAACAACAAGAUCCAAUUAUGUUGUGGAUAAUAUCGAUAAAAGCGUGAGUUUUGAAUAUGAAUUCCUCGAGAAGUACACACGUGUGCAAUAGAGCGCACUUGAUUGUCUGUGUGUUAUGUUUUUGAUACAAUUUUUUUCCAAAAUCAGGAGAUUUUUUAGGAGAGUACUGAACCGAUGGAAAUUGACACAACGACAUUAUUUGGAAUUGAAGAAUCUUCAGAAGAAGAAAAAGAGCAGAAAACGACAAAAAUGGAAGAUAGAAAUCCUUGGAUAAAUAGUGGAGAAGUGAUUGUGAAACCAAUUUUAGGAUUCGAUGAAAAAGAUGUGGAUGCAGGUCAGAAAUCACUGAUCAUUUUUUUUCUUAUCGCUGAUAAAUGUUCGUUUCUUUACAGAAGAAGAGAGAGAACGAAAACAUCGGGAGAAAUUGAGAGAACUUCAAAAUAAUCAGAAUGAUGGAAAUUUGGAUUCACCCGAAGAAAUCAGUCGAACUCAAGAUUCAUCUACAACAUCCCCGUCACUCACUUCAUUCAAUGAAACAAUUGUUGCAGUUGCUCUUUUAGGAAUUGUAUUUUGCAAUUUUCAUUAUAGUUUUGCUUACUUAUUUUUGCACAUCUGCUCGACGAUCCACUUAUAA